AUGAAUCAAAAGAGCUUCAACAGCCUCCUCAUGAAAAGAAAAUCCUCUUCAAUUGUCUACCUCGGAGACCAGUACCACAGUUCACGUAAAUCACAAUCCAUACUUGUGCCAAGCCAAUCAUCAUCAACAUCAUCAUCAACAUCAACAUCAUCAUCAACACCUUCUUCUUCUUAUGUAAUUGUGCCUCCAGAGAUGAAACAUACAUAUUACUGCAACAUAUGCAUGGAAGAGAAGCAAAACCAUGAAAUGUUCAAUAAGAUGGCUUGUGAACACAGUUACUGCAUGAACUGCAUAAGCUCGUUCAUCACUGUAUGUCUGCAUGAUCAUGGGAUGCUGCAUUUAAAGUGUCCAGAACCAUCAUGCAAAGAUGGAGUCUUAGAUCCAGAGAUUUGCAAAGAGAUACUGCCUAAAAAAAUAUAUUCAAGGUGGCUUGAUGCAUUGUGUGAGGCUUCAUUCCCAGAAUCAUUGAAGCUCUACUGUCCAUUCAAUGAUUGCUCUGCUUUGUUGGUAUGGUCUGAUGAUGAUGAUGUUGAUGAAGAAGAGAGAUGUGUUUAUAAUGUCUGUCCACAUUGCAAUAGAGAGUUUUGUAUUAAAUGCAGAGUUGCUUGGCAUUCUAAGUUUACUUGUGAAGAAUAUAAGAAAUUUUGUAAAGACACUGAGGAUGUGGUUUUUGUGAAGAUGGCUAUCAAUCGUGGCUGGAAAAGGUGUCCAAAUUGCUCUUUUUAUGUGCAAAAGUCUUCUGGUUGUUCUAAUAUUCAAUGCAGGUGUAAGUGCGCGUUUUGCUAUUCAUGUGGAAGCAAGUUGAUUGGAGGAGGCCAUAAUUUCUCCGGAUGCGUCAAGAACAAUAGAAAUCUAUCGCCAAAUGUGACAUUGACGAUUCCGGCGGCGACCACACGCGAGCAGCGAGAUCGAGAUCGACUCCCCCAGCUUAGGCUUAGGCUUAGGCUUAGGCUUAGGCUUAGGCAGUGUCCCUCCUAUUUACCGACGUGGCGGCGGCAACCACUUACACUGGACCACCACCUUUGACCGCGGCGCAACAAACGAGCAGUUCUUUUAUCCCCACGCCAUUCCUUUUCAUCCUGCUGCUGUUAGUGCUGGUGUUGGUGCUACCAUGUGGCCCAUGUUCAUCCCGACGCCUGGAUUUUAUCCCAAUCCCAUUGAUCGGAGAACAUUUGACUACAGCCCUUACAAAUUUUGGGGAGGCCUCAGCAGCCCCUCCGCUGAGAACCGCACGUCAAGAAACGGCCAGAUUGGACCCUCCUUUAAAUUCUACCCUACCACCAAUUAAAAAUAUUUUU